AUGUCUAUCAUCUAUCUAUUAGUCCCUUCAUAUCUACCUAUUAGUCCCUUCAUAUCUAUCUAUCUAUCUAUCUAUCUAUCUAUCUAUCUAUUAGUCCCUUCAUCUCUAUCUAUUAGUCCCUUCAUAUCUAUCUAUCUAUCUAUCUAUCUAUCUAUCUAUCUAUUAGUCCCUUCAUCUCUAUCUAUUAGUCCAUUCAUAUCUAUCUAUCUAUCUAUCUAUCUAUCUAUCUAUCUAUCUAUUAGUCCCUUCAUUCCCUUCAUAUCUAUCUAUCUAUCUAUCUAUCUAUCUAUCUAUCUAUCUAUCUAUGAUUCGUUUCUUUUGUUGACAACAGUCUUUGCAUCCAUCCAGUGUCCAUACUCUUUCUGUUCCUUUUCUUCCUGGGUUUCUGUCUUAUCUUUAAAAUUGUCUUUCACCAUUCUCUUUUCCUACUCCACUUCCCCCCAACCCCGUUUCUGUUUGUGCCGCAUCUCACCACCACUCCCACCCUUAUUCCCCCGCCAUUCCUCUACCCGAAAAUCGUCGGCCUGGUUACCAAGAUUCAAUCUAAGCUUUUACCCAACGUACAUUCCACACAAUUCCCAAGUAAACAUUUAUCGAUUUAGCGACUUUCUUCCGGUAGAAACACAAGACGUGCGUAAAACUGAUUUUAUUGCUCAGCCGUCGGCGUUCCACAUUUCUCUCCCCAACCCGCCAAUUCAGUGA